GUACUUUGGAGGGACAACCAAACCAAAGGUAAUUCCCCGGAUUUCAGCCCACCUCCGCCCAGGCCAACCGCGGUCGCCGGCUCGCCGCCCCACCCGCCGUCCCACCGUCUGCCGCCGUCUGCUCCCACCUGUAGUUCACGACCCCCCUCCCCCCUUCUACCACAGCAGUUCCUUAGAAAUCCAUGGCCAAGUUCUCCUUCGACGACGCCGACGACGAGCCUCCCGCCGCCGCCGCCGCUUCCGGGAGCUUGAAGAGGAAGCGCGAGGACGGCCCAGACGAGGCCGGCGGCGGCGGGGGACCCCCGAAGGCCCGAAUUUUUGCCGACCGGGGCGGAGGGCCGGAGGGAGGCGCGGUGGUGAGGGCGGAGAGGGCCGAAGGGAGCGGCCGGAAGGCGGUGGAAACUGUCGUUGACGGGGAGGCCGAUGGGAUUAGUGUGCGGAUCGACCCUGAUGUGCUUGAUUGCUCCAUCUGCUUCGAGCCCCUCCGACCGCCCCUCUACCAGUGCCAAAAUGGCCAUGUAGCAUGCUUUUCCUGCUGGUCGAGGCUCACCAACAAGUGUCACAUUUGUUCUAAUGAAGCUAACUUCACACGAAACAUUGCACUGGAGAAGGUUGUUGAGUCAGUCAAGUCCGCCUGCUCAUAUGCCAAAUGGGGCUGUAGCAAGUUGGUCAGUUAUUCACUUAGAAAUGCUCAUGAAGAAUCUUGCCUCUUUGCUCCUUCAAAGUGUCCCAUUCCUGGUUGUGGGUAUAGAGGAUUCACCGGAUGGUGGUCAGGACAUUUCCAUACAAACCAUAAUAAUGAUAGCCUACGGUUCUCAUAUGGCCAGUGCUUGGAAGUGAGUUUGGAAAUAUCAGUUCCUUUUCUAGUUCUUCUAUCCGAGGAUGAUCACCUAUUCCUUCUCAACAAGAACGUGAUGCCCUACGGACAUGCGCUUUCAGUUGGUUGCCUUCGGUCUGGCAGUCUGAACUGGAAUUUCUUCUAUGAAAUGAAAGCAACUUGUGAGGGAAACACUGAAAACAGCCUGCAAUUGAAGGCUUCUGUCACGAACACAAGGGAUUGGUGUGGCCUCCACCCUACAGAAGCUUUCCUUUUGGUUCCUUAUGCCUUCUGCAAAUCUGGCAAACUAACACUAUUCAUCUCUAUUGAGAGAGGGGGUUGCUGAGGUGAAUUUGUGAAAGUUUCAUUUGUUGUACAAUGUAAAAAAGGGGGCUAGCAGUGUAAAUUUGUCUUAGAAACUAAUUUUCAGUGAGGCAUCCCUUGCCUAUAUGGUUUGCUAAACCCCUACUGUGCACAUGUAAUUCAGAAGCUGCAGUUGACAUCUGCAAAUAUACGUGUAUACUUCCAUGUACUAAGGCCUGUAAUGAAGAUACCUGAUGUAGGAACUGAAUUAUAUUGCAAGUUGCAUUCUUGUGUAAAUCCUGAAUUCCUGAUGUAGAUGCAACGAUGCCGUCCCUUCUUUUGCUAGGCCUGGCAAUCGG